AUCACUGUCAUUGUUUAAAUACGCACAUAAACACACACACAUACUAAUUUGUUAAGAACGAACACACACACACAGGUGAGAGACUUCAACAUAUUAAUAAAAAACAAAAGCUUAGAUUUCUAACACUAAAGCAAAAGAGCUGUGGUCAUUCGAGCGAACCAGCUGAUCACUGAGGUUAGUCGCCCAUCGAGAAUGUUCUCGUGCGUUCUUAGCGUUCUGGCAAUGACCAUCGUCACACGAUCGUCUGCUGUGCUCUACAACGCCGCCCUGUACAAACCUGCGGCGCAGAUCUCCACCUGGGAGCCCAAUUACGCCUACAAGGCAGUGGACGGCAACAGCGACCCGGAUGUAAACCAUGGUUACUGUCAACAUACUGACCAGCACUUAACUCCAUGGUGGAUGGUAGACCUACGUGGUCAGUUUAUUGUGGAACAAAUCAAACUAACCAACAGACAGGAUGGAUUGUUUUUAAUUGCUGAUAGGCUGAGAAACUUUGAUAUUGAUAUAUUUCAACAAGAUCCAAGACAACUUGCCAACUUUCCUGACAUAACAGGACAAGUCUGCUACCAUCAAGGUCCUACGCCAGGGCGUGGAACGUUUCUCUAUAACUGCACUACUCCGAUUGUUGGUCGUUAUGUACGUCUUGUUAUGAGACUUGGUUUUAUUGAUAAUUUACACAUCUGUGAACUAGAGGUACUAGUAAAUGGAUCCAGCUUUGAAGAGGUUUACUUUAACAAAAAGGAAGACACCAGACUCUCAGGUAAACCCUUGAUAACACUGACCACUACGGACUCCAGCUACUGCCUCCAGGAAUGUCUUCGACGUAGGUCAACCAUCUACUGUACGGCCUUCAACUGGGUCACGUCUACAAGGUCAUGUCAACUCUUCAGUGUCAACCCUUUCCUAGACCUGACAGUAAACCUGACAUCUGCUGUAGGAACACAUUUUUAUAGUCAAGAUAACUCCUCUCUGUAGAUAUCAAUUAGUUAUCUUCCAUUGUUUUCGCCUUCUCAUUAACAUGUACAACUAACAUU